AAACAUGACUAUGUCCGUGUCUCGACGUGUUCUGUGAACAGUUGUACAGGCGUCUAUUUUAUUUAUAUGUUGUAGAAUUGUUAUAUAGUAAAUAACUUUUUUUGUUGCAGUACCACGAGUGGCCACUGGGAAAUUUGUCUUCAAGGCAAAGGGGGCGGAGCUACAUCCAGUUUUCCGUCCCAGACGCUGGAACGACACGCGGCUCGUGUUUGCGUCACAGAUGAAAAGAUAAUGAAUUCUCAUUCUCUUCAGAGAGUUUUGGAGAUGACUGACAUCUGUAAUCCGGAGCUUGAGAGAAAUGGAGACGUAUCCUCUUCAGAUGAUGACUCUGUAAGCCUGUUGCAUGAAAUGAAUGAUUGCCAGAAUGGAGCCACAGCCAAAGACACAGAGAGAGAGGAAUCAGACUCUCAGAACGUCAACAAAGAGCAGAACAAGAGCUUGGAGAUAAUUCCACCGAUGCUGCUAGAGGAACAGAUGUCCGGGUCCAUCCAGUCUAAAUCAGCAAGUGUCUUACCAUGCUUGGCAAUGAACAAAAAGUUUCUUGAGAAGAGAAACGAAAGGGGAGAGAGUCGCCUGCACAAAGCAUGCAGAAGAAAAGAUGUAGCACAAGUCAAAGGACUCAUUCAAGCCGGGAUCAGUGUCAACAUGGAGGAUUAUGCAGGCUGGACACCUCUUCAUGAGGCUUCAGCUCAGGGGGACAAAGCAGUGGUCGAGGAGCUUUUGAAGGCCGGCGCUCAUGUCAACGUGAGAGGCUUUAAUGGUUUCACACCCCUACAUGAUGCAGUUUCCUCUGGACACUAUCAGGUGGUGAAGCUUCUCCUCCAGUAUGGGUCCAAUGCCAGCGACAGGAAUCUCCAUGGUCUAACAGCACUCGACAUGGCAGAGAACAAUAUCAAAGACCUGCUCUCAUCUUUCCCAUUAUUAUCCGAAUCCAGAGAAUCGGAUGACAAAGACGAGCCUGGUGACGUUCAGCUGAGAAACACCCGGACUGACACUUUGAGACUUUCACAAGCUGUAGAAGUGGUUUUGAAGAGGAUGGAAAGAGACCAAAGACGAAUGUUGACUUUGACAAAUCCACAGGAUGCAGGCAAAUAUCACUCGUCUCUAACACAGAUCCAGAAUAAGGUGCUCAUCAGUCAGCAUUUGGAGAUGGAUAAUAUUGCCCAAAGAUACAGGAGUGUGUCUGGCCUUCAACAACGGAUUCUGAAGAGUCAACUUGUUUCCCUUGCAUCCCGUCAGAGGAACUUGAUGGAAAUCCUCCAGAAGCAACUGGAUGUAGUAGAGGCCUACGUUACAACCAAGACCCAACUGACCAGUCAGUCUUCCAAGCAUCAAAACAGCACAGCAGUGAAACGGCCAUCAGAUCACUCCUACACACGUGCUUCCACUAAACCAAGAGAAGCACCUGGAAGCUGUCAAGACAAUCAAAGUCGAACACGACGGAAAACUGCAGCUCCUUCACUAACGCAGACAAACAGCUGUCGCGGCAGCACCACGCAACCGGGAAACACUUUGCAACACAGCAACUUUCAAAUAAAAGGAAGACGUGCCCUGAUACAGACACAGUGUGACGAUAACAGCAGACAUCUCUCCACGCUCGUCCAGAGGGGAGUCAUGCCACCUGGAAGUGUUUUAGAGCUGCUGUUGAAGGGACAGUGGCACCGCGCCCUCGUGAGCAAAGAUGGCUCAAUAAAGGACACAAAAGGCAAGCUGCAUGUGACUCCACAGCGCUGGCUGGAGUCCAUCCUGGGCAACAACAUCCCCGUCUCCUCAGUGUAUGCCUGGGACAAGGUGCUGUUCAGAGACAAGAGCUUGUCUUACUAUUUAUUCAACAUGGAGGCUGAGGUCAACACAGCACAGCCGCCUGCAGAAGGUGGUGUCCAGCACUGCACGGCGGCUUCUUCUCAGGACACACUUUCCACAGGACGAGCUGGCUUGAAUUGUCUCAUGAGAGUCAAGAUAAUCCAUUUGGUGGAUGAUGAGUUGUUGCCAAAUGCUGUAUGCGACUACCACUGGGAGAAGCUCUUAAAGAACGACUAUUCAGAGCUUGAAGACUGGUAGGGUGGAUCAUAAUAAGUCACUCAGUCACUCACUCUUGGAUCAGUUUCAAUCAAAUGUCAUUUACUCAUCACAUGUAUCUAAAAAUGACAUAAGAUUAUAAAACAUUGACUUUUGUAUUUAUUAAGGUUCAUUGUUACACUUCCAUCUGAUUUAAAAUGCUCACUCUGUGGUAGUGUGAGUAACAGUUGGUAUUUAAUGUUUAAUGUAACUCUAACCGUUCAUUGAAGGGUUUAUGUUUGUCUGUAAUAUUGCUGUUGUUAAAUGUGACAUUUGCCUGCACUGAAUAUAAAACA